CUGAAACCCCGCGCAGACAGCCAAUCGCGCCCGGCUGGCCGCCUCCCCCCACCGGGGCCCCACGCAAGUGCCCCCGCCGAGCCCCCCGCCAGUCGCACCAUGCCGCGCUCCUUCCUGGUAAAGAAGAUCAAAGGGGACGGCUUCCAGUGCAGCGGGGUGCCGGCCCCCACCUACCACCCCUUGGAGACCGCCUACGUGCUGCCUGGCGCCCGGGGGCCGCCCGGGGACAACGGUUACGCCCCGCACUGCCUGCCCCCCAGCAGCUACGAUGCGGACCAGAAGCCGGGCCUGGAGCUGGCGCCGGCCGAGCCCGCGUACCCGCAGGCGGCGCCGGAGGAGUACAGCGACCCCGAGAGCCCACAGUCAAGCCUGUCAGCUCGCUACUUUCGCGGGGAGGCGGCCGUGACCGACAGUUACUCCAUGGACGCCUUCUUCAUCUCUGACGGGCGCUCGCGGCGGCGACGCGGAGGGGGCAGUGGCGACGCGGAGGGCGCGGGGGACCCCGGGAGCGCUGGGGGACGUGCGGGGCGCGCGGGGGCGCCGGCGGGAGGCGGGCACCGGCACGCCUGCGCCGAAUGCGGCAAGACGUACGCCACGUCGUCGAACCUGAGCCGCCACAAGCAGACGCACCGCAGCCUGGACAGCCAGUUGGCGCGCAAGUGCCCGACAUGCGGCAAGGCGUAUGUGUCCAUGCCCGCGCUGGCUAUGCACGUGCUUACGCACAACCUGCGCCACAAGUGCGGCGUGUGCGGCAAGGCCUUCUCGCGGCCCUGGCUGCUGCAGGGCCACAUGCGCUCGCACACCGGCGAGAAGCCGUUCGGCUGCGCGCAUUGCGGCAAGGCCUUCGCCGACCGCUCCAACCUGCGCGCGCACAUGCAGACGCACUCGGCCUUCAAGCACUAUCGCUGCCGCCAGUGCGACAAGAGCUUCGCGCUUAAGUCCUACCUCCACAAGCACUGCGAGGCCGCCUGCGUCAAGGGGGCCGAGCCGCCCCCGCCGGCCCCAGCCGGCCCUGCCAGCUGAGACUCCCGCCGCGCCGGCCCGCCCCCUUUGCCCUCUGCUCCCUCUCCAUCCCCCAGCUGCGUUUCCCGGCCCACACCCUUCGUUGGGAACCUCUCCUAGUCCGGAACUUUUCUCUCCAGCCCCCAAACCUACAAUUCAUUUCCAGCACUGUCUUCCCCAGCGCACCCUGACCCACAUCUCCUUUGAGCCACCAAGAUUAGGACCGUGACCCCCUUUCCACGCCCUCAAGUCUCCCAACUCAGGCACCAGGUCCGCACCUCUCCGGGACCCCAGAGCCGGAAUUUUCUCCCACUUAGAUCAUGUCCCUCUCCCUUUCUUCCAGACCUUCCGUCUCACUUCUCAGAUGAGUUUCUCUGACCUUUCCUCUAUUGGACAAAGAAGGCCCAAGCCCAGCUUUGACUCUCACACCUACCUUGGUUUCCCUAUCCACACCAGGACGCAGGCCCUGCAGCCCCCAGACUACAUUCCGACCCCAGAUUACUCCUCUGACCUCUCUGCUGUCUCCUCGUAUGUGUGUUCGCCUAGGGAUCUAAUCUUCAUGCUUGGAGUCCCCAGUCUGUCCUUGUUUCCCCACAUAUCCCGGCUGUAGGUCCGGCCAUUCACACACCACCACCAACUCCACACUCAAACACAGUUCCCACCCUUUUGGAUCUCCGGGGCCUUUGCAUGCACCCCCACUCCCCUUUCUCUCCAGAACUCUCAUCCCUCUUGCAGCUCCCACCCCUUUGAGUUCACCUGGCCAGGGGCAGACUUGAAGGACAGCUCAGGCCCUGCCCCCUAAUGUAGCGUGCCCGCCCAGGACAGCCCCUCGCCGGACUUCUAACCUGGAGCUGCCCUCCCCCAGAUUCUCUGAGCACUUUCCCUGACCCCCAGGACUAAAGGUACCCCUCUUUAUUUGUUGGGGGGAGGCCUGGGGUACCUCACAAAUGCCCUUCCUCCCACCCGUCUGGGCCUCCCUAGUUAUUUAUUUGUGUAUUUAUUUGUUUAUCUAUUUAUUAUUCUAUUUAAUCUCUUGGUCUCACCCAGGUAUGGUCUGGCUUCCCCAGCUGGACUGGGAGGUCAGGGAGUCAGGCAAGGAGAGGGACAGCAAAGGCCACAAAGCGCUAUCCCCACUCCCCCCACCCCCCCACACACACCUUUUUGGGGAGUGGGGAGUGGCCUCACCCCCAUCAGGGCCUGAACUGUCUGGGGAAGGCUGCACGAGAAUGCUGACCCUCAGCAGGAGGGUGGGAGGAUGUCAGGAGGUCCAGGCCCGGGGCAGGUCCCCACACUCCUGAACCUUCCACUCCCACUCCAAGGAGACCGGUGGGAGGAGCCUCCUCGAUUUGUUUCCUAUUCCUCUUCUUGAAGGACCCCAGGUUCCAGGGACCGACUGAGCCCCGGACCCCGCUGGGGCCUCCGGCCUGCUCCGCUACCCGGGAGGAGCUCUGCCUCCCGGCCACUUCUAUGCAACUCUCCUGGGCUGAGGGGCCAGGGCUGCCAGCCACCCCCUCGUUGGCCGCCACUACCUCCCCCACCGCGUGUUUGCAUGCCCAGGUGAGGACAAAGCACACGCCUCCACGCUCACAGGCCCUGGUCCCCUCUGCUUUAAGCACAGCCUCUGCCCCAUCACUAGGCGCCCAGCUCGGGGAGCAGGAGUCCUGGACUCUCUGACCCCCCUCCUUUUCCCCUAGCCACAAAGAAGGGUGGAGACUGGAGGGGCCCCUGAAGCAGGGGCACUUCUCUAGGGCUUCUCAGCUCCAGGCCCCCCAGGGAAGUGUGGCGGCAGGGAUGGGGGGAGGGAGAGGGGUCGCAGAAGCAAUUAUGGAGGGUGUUGACCCUGUAAAUAGGAACUUCCGACAGCAAUAAUUUUCCAUGCAUGCUAAGACUUUUGGCCGUAUUUUGUAUGGGCGCUUGGCGCUCCUCCUCUCUCCUCCUCCCCCAUCUCCUGCCCCAGACCCCCAACCCUUCCUCACCUCCAGCAGUAUUACUUGUAACGCAAUUCAGGGAUAUUAAAGGGACUUUGGCCACUCACCAGUGCCUCUAGACUUUGUGAUGGGGGGUGAGGGGGAAGGCAUCUGAGAGGCAGCCAGAUUUUUUUUCACUCCGUUUUCCUCCCUGUGGCCUGACCAGCCUCUAGCUGCCACUAGAGGUCACACAGCUCCGGGGGCCCCUUGACAUCCACAAGGUCCCAGGCAUCCUCAGUCCUAAAUACUCCUCAAACAGUGGAAUCACAAGUGUUCCAGAACCAAAGCAAUAAC